AGAAAAUCAGACAUGAAUGAUACAAAAAAUAAUCUUCUCUCAUCUUAAAGUUCUGCCUUUCGCUUCUCCAGAAAGCCCCAUUUCCUGACUGGAGUUUGGUGUUGCUUGAUGGGAAAAGCUGGAGAUGGAGUCAGAGACUGAGUAACCCCAGGGGAUGCUUAUGAAGACAUGGGUGGGGACAGGGUGGGAAAUAAUGAGGAACUCUACAGCUGAAACAGAUGACGCCUUUUCUUAGCAUUUGGUAGCAGUCCAGUGAACGUGCUGUGCACUGUCCUGCAUAUCAGAAAGAGCGCUGGACUAGUAAGGCCUGCUUUUAGGUCCUGACUGCUGCUCCUGACCUUGAGGGAGCCCCUGUACCACGGUGUGCCUGGCUCCCAGGCAUCAAACUAGAACAGCUGUCUCUCCCAGCCCAGCAGUGUGGUGUGAGGACCAGGCGCGUCAAAAACCGUGGGCAGCAUUUGCAAGCCGCGUUGUUGUUGCUCGCACUGACAAAUUUCUUCCCCCUUGAGGUUUUUGACCUACAGAGACCUCUAGACAAGGUAUUUCCUCCCAUGGAGACCGGAUGAGGCAGGUGAGCGGGCGGAAGGCACGCACCUUGGCCUGAGAAGUUCUUGGUCUCCUCCUGUCUUGACCCUCUUCUGUGGAUUGGAAACAUUGUGAGAAACCACAUCCCUUGCAUGCAUUGGCAGCAGAUCCUGUUGAAGUCCUGGGAGAACGCAAUGCUGUGAACAGACGGAGGGGAGGAAUGGUGGCUGCUCCUCGCAAGAGGAAGGGGUCCUGGGCACAGUUGGACUUUGCCUCCGGGAGUGGCCCACAAGGCGGGCCCUUCCCUACGACGGGGAGGGGGAGUCAAGGAAAGGAACUCAGCAUUUUCAGGGCUACGUUUUCACACAGCAAGCCCUGAAGCUGCGUGUGUUUCCUGAAACGAUCUUGAUUUCAUCCAGAGGAGGAAAACGACGUUUUGGAGAGUCUGCGGUCUGGGGCGCUUUCAUCCUCCUUCACAGUCCAGGGAGGUGUGGCCGCAUUCGCCUCCUCUGCCCUGCGUGGCAACUCACUUUCUUGGGGAAUGGUGGCCGCUGGCCGCUGCUGUUUUGACCAGGUAGCUGGGUAGACACUGAAGGGGCCAUUCUGGCCAUUUCUGGCCUCAGGCUGGGCAACGGUAGAGUAGAGGAUGUAGAGGCUUCUGGUUAUGCCUCUGUAGUGUCAAGGUUGUGCGUGACUGAUCCUUGUGUUGGGGUUUGCUUGUGUUAAUUUAUAGAUCACUUUUAGUUUUCCAAUAGUUUAAAUGUUCUAAACAAAAGAGUUUAUAACUAAUCAUGUGUUUCUGUUGUGUGUCUGCUACAAUGUAAAGCCAUCUAGUUAACAUGAGAGUUACUUGACCGUUCCUUUUAAAGUUGAAGCAACACCUGCUGUAGGGGAAUCUCCGUUUGGCUGCUGAAAGUUGUGAUGGAUUGAAGGGUGGUGGUGCCCCAUGCCUUUGUGGGCGCUGUCUCACACCCAAGCUCAUGGGUAGUGUUGAAGCCCCCACGCUACAACGUGACCCCCACCCCAGCCUGGGGGGCCUGGUUCAAGCUGGAGAGAACUGGGAGAGCACCCAUGCAGGCGGCCUCUGGUGGCUGGAGCUGGAGGGUUUAAAGCUGCUGUGGCAGCCCCCACCGUGUGGACUGGCUCAUUUGCUGAGUGGGAGGAUGAUGGACAUGGGUAAGCGGAGGGGAAGGGCCACAUGUGCUGCCAGGCUUGGAGUCAGUGGGCCAGCUCAGCCAUGUUCCUGCUGAGGUGUUUAGCUCAGCCCAGACUCCCAAGACACAUACGCCUUUCUGCCUGAGCUCCCCCCACCGCAGUGUCCUGCCUGAGCUCCCCCCCACGGCAGUGUCCUGCCUGAGCUCCCCCCCCCGCAGUGUCCUGCCUGAGCUCUCCCCCGCAGUGUCCUGGCUGUUCUCUAUGGUGUCUUAGUCAGGCUAGAAGGAGUUCCCAUGACUGUUCUCACCAUGAUGGCAUCGUCACUGCAUCCCCGGGGUUGAGGGCGUGGAUGGUGAGGGCAUGGGGUGAAUGCAAAACACUGUAAGGCAAGCAAAGGACAUUGCAGUGGCUGGGAUGUGGGCUGCCCACUUUGCAUUCUGUGGUGAGAAGCCAUGAGCAGCUGUAGUCACCCCUACCGGAAGGGAAGAAGGAGAGAAGCAGAGGUUGGGUUAGAGACUGUUCUAGAGGCUGGGGCAAGUCAGGGUCCAGCUUCCGGGUGGCCAGCUCUGAGCAAGGGAAGCAGGAGCAGGCACCAGGCCAGGCCUGACAGCCUUGUGUUUGGGUGGAAGAAGAAAAGGGAAGAGAAAUCACCAUCUUAGGCAAUGAAUAAGGCACACCCAGCCUGCUUUGGGGUUUGGAGCCUCCCGCACCCGGCCUCCACCAUAGAGGAGCCAGACUGGGUUCAUGCUCCACAGUCUUCCAGCUGCGUCUCCUGGAACCAACCUUUGAGUAACAACCCCGGAUGAUGGAUUUGGACGUGCUUCUAUGAAGAAAUGCCACAUGGUCCGAGAGCAAACAUGUCCAGGCUACUGCCACUUUAGCGGACUAGGGCUCGGUGCCAAGGCUUCCCGGGUAAUCAGGCGUGGUCUGAUCCAGGAUCAAGAAGCACGUUAUCACCAAUGACAUCAUGACAGCAAGAGAGCACAGCCCUCGCCAUGGCGCCAGGGCCCGUGCGGUGCAGCGGGCUUCCACCAUCGACGUGGCGGCCGACAUGCUGGGCCUCUCUCUGGCAGGAAAUAUACAGGACCCAGAUGAGCCCAUUUUAGAAUUUAGCUUAGCUUGCAGUGAGCUGCAUACUCCAUCGCUAGAUCGAAAGCCAAAUAGUUUUGUUGCGGUGAGUGUCACCACCCCUCCUCAGGCAUUCUGGACGAAGCAUGCACAGACGGAGAUCAUUGAGGGAACCAACAAUCCUAUAUUUCUAAGCAGUAUUGCCUUCUUUCAAGACUCUCUUAUCAAUCAGAUGACACAAGUCAAACUCUCCGUGUAUGAUGUCAAAGAUAGAUCUCAGGGAACAAUGUAUUUACUGGGCUCUGGAACGUUCAUUGUCAAAGAUCUGCUGCAGGACAGGCAUCAUAGGUUGCAUUUAACACUAAGGUCUGCAGAGAGUGACCGUGUGGGUAACAUCACCGUGAUUGGCUGGCAGAUGGAGGAGAAGUCAGACCAACGGCCCCCUGUGACCCGGUCUGUGGACACUGUCAAUGGGAGGAUGGUUCUUCCCGUCGAUGAGAGCUUGACGGAGGCAUUAGGAAUCCGAUCCAAAUAUGCUUCGUUGCGAAAGGACACUUUGCUGAAAUCGGUGUUCGGCGGCGCCAUCUGCCGCAUGUACCGGUUUCCAACCACCGAUGGUAACCACCUGCGGAUCCUGGAGCAGAUGGCAGAGAGCGUGCUCUCCCUGCACGUGCCCCGGCAGUUCGUGAAGCUCCUACUAGAGGAAGAUGCAGCCAGAGUGUGUGAGCUGGAGGAGCUGGGAGAGCUGUCCCCUUGCUGGGAGAGCCUCCGGCGUCAAAUUGUCACCCAGUACCAGACCAUCAUCCUCACAUACCAGGAGAACCUGACCGACCUCCAUCAGUACAAAGGGCCCUCGUUUAAAGCAAGCAGUUUGAAAGCAGAUAAAAAGUUAGAAUUUGUUCCCACAAACUUGCACAUACAAAGGAUGAGAGUUCAAGACGAUGGAGGAUCAGAUCAGAACUACGAUAUCGUCACCAUCGGGGCGCCAGCAGCACACUGCCAAGGUUUUAAGUCAGGAGGUCUCCGCAAAAAGCUGCACAAAUUUGAAGAGACCAAGAAACACAGUUUUGAGGAGUGUUGUACAUCAUCUGGCUGCCAGUCCAUAAUCUACAUACCACAGGACGUCGUCAGAGCCAAGGAGAUCAUCGCCCAGAUCAACACCCUGAAAACCCAAGUCAGCUACUAUGCAGAGCGGCUGUCAAGGGCAGCCAAGGACAGGUCUGCCACUGGCCUUGAGAGGACACUCGCCAUCUUGGCAGACAAGACACGGCAGCUGGUCACGGUCUGCGACUGCAAGCUCCUGGCCAACUCCAUCCAUGGGCUGAACGCCGCGCGGCCUGACUACAUUGCCUCCAAGGCUUCUCCCACUUCGACUGAGGAGGAGCAGGUGAUGCUUAGAAAUGACCAGGACACCCUCAUGGCCCGGUGGACAGGGAGAAACAGCCGAUCUUCCCUGCAGGUGGACUGGCACGAGGAGGAGUGGGAGAAAGUGUGGCUGAACGUGGACAAGAGCCUAGAAUGCAUCAUUCAGCGUGUGGACAAGCUGCUGCAGAGGGAGCGGCUGCACGGCGAGGGCUGUGAGGACGUCUUCCCCUGUGCAGGCAGCUGCACCAGCAAGAAAGGUAACCCGGACAGCCACGCCUACUGGAUCAGACCAGAAGACCCCUUCUGUGAUGUCCCCUCCUCACCAUGCCCCUCCACCAUGCCCUCCGCUGCAUGCCAUCCUCAUCUGACCACACAUUGCAGCCCCCCUCCUGAGGAGUCCAGUCCAGGUGAAUGGAGUGAGGCCCUUUACCCGCUGCUGACCACUCUCACCGACUGCGUGGCCAUGAUGAGUGACAAGGCCAAGAAGGCCAUGGUAUUCCUGCUCAUGCAGGACAGCGCACCCACCAUAGCCACCUACCUGAGCCUGCAGUACCGCCGUGACGUGGUCUUCUGCCAGACGCUGACCGCCCUCAUCUGCGGCUUCAUCAUUAAGCUGAGGAACUGCCUGCAUGACGACGGCUUCCUGCGCCAGCUCUACACCAUCGGGCUGCUGGCCCAGUUCGAGAGCCUGCUGAGCACCUACGGGGAGGAGCUGGCAAUGCUGGAGGACAUGAGCCUUGGGAUCAUGGACUUGAGGAACGUGACCUUCAAAGUCACUCAGGCCACUUCCAGCGCCUCCGCAGACAUGCUGCCCGUCAUCACAGGAAAUCGCGACGGGUUUAACGUGCGGGUCCCUCUGCCGGGUCCACUGUUUGACGCCCUGCCCCGGGAGAUCCAGAGCGGCAUGCUGCUGCGAGUGCAACCCGUCCUCUUCAACGUGGGCAUCAAUGAGCAGCAGACGCUGGCCGAGAGGUUUGGCGAUACGUCUUUACAAGAAGUCAUCAACGUGGAGAGUUUGGUGCGGUUAAAUUCCUACUUUGAGCAGUUUAAGGAAGUUUUGCCUGAGGAUUGCCUGCCUCGGUCUCGCAGUCAGACGUGCCUGCCAGAGCUGCUGCGGUUCCUGGGUCAGAAUGUGCACGCCCGGAAGAAUAAGAACGUGGACAUUCUCUGGCAAGCCGCCGAGAUCUGCCGUCGCCUCAAUGGGGUCCGGUUCACCAGCUGCAAGAGCGCGAAGGACCGUACAGCCAUGUCGGUGACGCUGGAGCAGUGCCUGAUCCUGCAGCACGAGCAUGGCAUGGCCCCGCAGGUCUUCACCCAGGCCCUGGAGUGCAUGCGCAGCAUUGGAACACGGGAGGUAGUCACCCAGAAGAACUUGAGCGGCCUGGUGCCCAUCCGAGACUUAAGGCUAGACCCCAGCCUCCUCUGUUCCAUUCCUUUAUUGGCUCUGAGCCCCAAUUUACUGAUUGUGUGGCUCUUUCUGAGCAUAGCAUACCUGGUGACCAAAUUGCGUUGCAAAUGAGUAUCAUUCUGAAAAAUUAAUAAGUCACAAGAAAAACAAAAGUGCCAGAACAUGUCCAGCCACCGUGUACCUAACUGGACAGAAGGAAUGUGUCAAAGCGUGGUCUGCCAAGAAAUAUUUCAUGCCUUACAUUUUGACGUUUUGUUCUUCUGAACUGUAAAUAUCUGCCAAAUUAUUUCACCAAGAAGACUUGUUUGUUUAGCUCCUGUAGCAUCUUCAGUGCUUGUAACAUGUUCUUACGGUACCCUGUCACUGCACUGUUUAGCUGGCCUGGAAUUCCUUGUACCACGUCUCUACCUUCUGAUGUACAACUAUCUAUCACCUGUACCUCUCAUGUGCCCUGUUUCCAAGAGAAAGGAGUUCUGUCUGAAGAGAAUUUGUAUAUUUGAUACUAUUCUUUAAGUGUACUGCUAACCCUUCCUUUCCUUUCAAUGACCAACAAAAAGAAAAAGACAGAUGCUUUAUAACCGGCUCAUCUAGAAAAACCUAUCUAAUAGGACAUGUACUUUCUGCUUUCAUUUCAAAGCGUAGUCCCUGAAUUACAGUAGCAAACAGUUUGCAGAGUCCUACCAUUUCCUUGCUUAUGUUUAUUAUUUCCAAUUAAGGAUGACACAAAGCUGUGAAUACAGUAGUACACUGUAGCAAGAGCCAGACACAGUCAGACACAGAAAGAUCACCUACUGCAUACGCCAGACACAGAAAGAGCACCUACUGCAUACGCCAGACACAGAAAGAGCACCUACUGCAUACGCCAGACACAGAAAGAUCAGCCACUGCAUACGCCAGACACAGAAAGAGCACCUACUGCAUACGCCACAGAAAGAUCACCUACUGCAUACGCCAGACACAGAAAGAUCACCCACUACAUACACCAGACACAGAAAGAGCACCUACUGCAUACGCCAGACAGAAAGAUCACCCACUACAUACGCCAGACACAGAGCACCUACUGCAUACGCCAGACACAGAAAGAUCACGUACUGCAUACACCAGACACAGAAAGAUCACGUACUGCAUACACCAGACACAGAAAGAUCACCCACUGCAUACACCAGACACAGAAAGAGCACCUACUGCAUACGCCAGACAGAAAGAUCACCCACUACAUACACCAGACACAGAAAGAGCACCUACUGCAUAUGACAUUAGAUUUACUCUUCACCAUGUAAGGAUCAUUCAGCUGGUUCGAGGAAUUAAUGCAUAUAGUCACCAAAGGCUGUUAAAGUUAUAUACUUUUAUUUAUUUUAAAGCAGUAUUUUUCAUUUAAAAAUGGUAUCUUUAAUUGCAGAUUACAGUUCCAACAUCUUUUCUCUCUUACUAAUCAAAUAUGAUUGAUAAUCAAAUCAAAUCAAAGAAAAAUUGCCAAAAAAAAUGAUCCCUGACUUGUGGGCAGUUGCGGUGGAUGGAGCCGUGAGAGCAGCGGGCGCUCUGGUUUCUGCCGGUGCCCCUCAGUCCUCACGCGGCGUUCCCUGCAACGCGAUGACGUGUAACCUUAACAUCCAUGUGGGGCAGAGGGUAACUCUACACCUGUAAAGGUGACCAAAUAGAUCAGGAAGAACUCCCCACACCCUGUGUAGGACAGGCAGCGGCUUCUCUGUUUUCCAGUUCAUAUUACGUUGUGCCCCCACUUUCUAUCUCCAGCUAGUUCCCCAUACACUGUAGUUGAUGAAGACAAUUUUUUUUUAACCAGGCCAGAAAAAUGGGAAUGAAUUUAGAGAAGUUUGCUUUUCCAGAAACUUGACACCCACGCAUGCCCAGAAAUCCAGUCGACCACAGAAGUCCUCUCUCCAGGACUCCCAGACCUUACCCCGGGCUUUCUCCCAUUUGGUCUCAGCUCAGAGUCUGGGUCCUAGGAAUCACAGAAGCGGUUAGCAAUGAAUGGCAAAUGCUAGACUCGACACUUCACAUUCUAAAGCGUAAGACCAUCCUGAGCACUGCACGCUCCCCAGGGCAGGCGUCACCUGUGUGUCACCCCGUAAGUGAAUCCACGCUUCUCCAAGUGCAGCGUGUUCACUUGUCUCUUCUAAAAUAAAUGAGGUGGCUGUUGUGGCAUAGCUCCUGGCAGCCGUCAGUAGGGAUUCUCUCACCAAACGCCAGCUCCUGGGUGGUGUAAGCUCUGGUAGCAUGAUAGCAGUCCCUGGGCAGCGUCCUGUCCAGCCUGUGAUUAUUUGAAAGGCAUGUUUGCCACUUUCCCUCUUUCACAUUGAGGCGUGCACUUCACCUGAGACCAUCUUGUUUGCAUUAUUUGAAAGCAAGAAACAGAGUCCACAGCCUCCUCCAGGUCCCAUUUCACAGCUUCCUGGUCCUGCUCCUGGUAAUGUGGUUCCAGUGCCUGCAGUGGUGACUCACGCGCACUCCCACCUCCACAGCAGGGCUAGUGGCUGGGCAGAGCCCAUGCACAGAGGGAGGCCCUCUGACUGCAGACAGCACCCCUCCCUCUCCCAGGGCUCAGGGAUGCUUCUGUGGCAUCCUCUAGGGGCCCCUCCCAGGCCCCUGCCCCACAGCACAGAGAAGCUGUGCCCAGGCCGAGGAGCCCCUCCCAGGGGGCCUCAAGGACACCACGGCCUGAUCCUUGAUUGUCACCACACCUUUUCGCCCAUGUGGGCUUGGCCCUUGGGCUGAGAGAAAUGAGACCAAAGGGAGCGAGAUAAGGCUCUUCGUUUCUCUCCACCAGGGGCUGGGUGAACAUCAGUAUGCCGCCUGUGCGCUUGGAGAGCUACCACAAGGACACCAUGAGAUUAGCCUAGGCAGUGGGCUGGUGUUGGCUUUUUAAAACUUAAAGUAUUUGAGAAAAGAAACUCCGUUGCUCUCCCUUUAUGCUGAAUUUUAAUGUCACUAAGGCCUUUUAACUCAUGAAAUCAGGCCAAAUACAUAUUCAAAAUCUUACUUGCUUUAGUGAGAAAUAGGAUGAAACAAAGAUGGGGAGAUGAUUCAAGAAAGGGGUCACUGACAUUUAGUGAUGGUUUUUAGUUGCAUAUACAGUAGUAGUGCUGAGGCACUGUCAGUGUCAACCAGCUCCUGGUGUUCAGGGAAACCAUGAUCAGGAGUGGCUCUUUUUGGUUGGUCUUAUAAAACUGUUGUGUAAGUUUUUUCAACUAGGGUGACAGUCACCAUUUACACCUAUGGCUUGGUUCCAGCAGAGAUUUUAACACGAUGGCCUGUUCCCCCACAAAGUGGCAGGGGUAGCAGCCACGCCAUGCUUGGCCAUAGAAUCACUAAGAUCCUGAUGCCUGCAGAUGAGUUCUCAAGUAGAAGACCCCACUGGAACCGGAAAACUAGAGGAUUCCCUAAAAUUACCUGUCAUUUGGGGUGUCCAUUUUAAUUUUCAUUUCAAAAAUGGAUGCCCUUGGAAAGAAAUAAUUUGUUGAUAUAAUAAAAUAAUCGUGGAACUUUGAAAUAAUUAAGUCCCUCUUGCUAAAAUCUAUCUAAGACCACCUCAACAUGUACCAUUGAUUCCUAAAAAGUAUGCAGCCAAUGUAAUCAGUGGAGGUGUCCUGCCUUAGGGCAGCAGCUUGGCCUCUGCAGCAGGAAGCCCCAGUUAGCACAGGCUGCCCUCGCCACCUCUGCACACCUCGCCCCGGGCCCUCUUGCCAGCUCAUCCGCACAGGCAGGUGGCGGAAUGACUGUCGGCUUGUAGAUCAGCCACAUCAGCCGGAUUUUGCAAAUUCAGACAUCUGGGGGAAAGUAAAUACAAUUUGAUUUGAAAACUAUGUUGAAAUGAAAGUAUAAUCUUUAUUAUAAUUUCACGUCUGAUGUGUUCAGCCAGCUAAACUAGGCACUAGCUCCUUUAGCAUGUAAAUAAAAGAUAACGUCAAAGUUCACAAAUUAUUCUGCCUCGCGCCUCACGGCAGUUUAGUGUUUACUAGUGAUAGGUGGUUUUUAAGCAGUUUGUACGUUUCUAUAUAAAUGGAGAAGCCAUAUCUGAAGUAGUUCAUUAAUGUAAGAGUUUCCAAAGAUUAAAGGAGAUUAACUGUAUAUAAGAACCUAUAGCUUCUGCUUUAAGUGGAAGUACGUUUUUGAUUACUGAAUGAAUGUUAGGCAAACAUGAUUGUUCCUUACUCCAGGGGGCCUGCUUCUGUGGCCUAGGUGUUCAGCUCAGAUGACACACAUCUAGCUGAGGCCUUGAGGCGCUGUGACAAGAAAGCAUAUCCAAGUUACCAAAUUAGUUAUAACAACCAGGUGGAUACUUUUCUAAACUAUCGGAGCUUAGCUUUUGAAUAAAAAUUACUGUCUUACCAAAAGUAUUUUACAUGUUCUUGAUAAUGAGACUGUCAUUUUCACUUUAAAAGGCUUGAGCAAUUGCCACUAAUGUUUUUUUUUAAAUGCAUGACAUAAUGGUCUUCACACAAUUUGAAGUUUUUAAAAAAAAAUCACUGUUUCUUGGUAACUGCAAAUUUUACAUCUCAUAAGGGGAAUUUUGUACUAAAUUUGAUAACUAGUUGAUUUCACUGCUAGUCUUAGAACAGUAUAAAGCUAUCAAGUUAUACUGUGCUGUGGGAAGUCGUUUAUGUUUAAAAUCGCUUGUGCCAGUUAGUUUUAUGUCUACACCUGAACAUUUCCCAGAGAACUCCCCGGAUGCGCUCACCGAGCAGGUGAGGCCACCUCACGCAAUGUUUGUUUUUGUCCCCUGGAUUGCCAUGGCAACCCUCCAUCAAAUGCAGCUGGGGAUGACGCUGGUAGUGAGUUCUCUAGGGAAGGGUACCUGUGGGCUCUCACUGGCUCAGUGGCACCUGUGCAAGAGGGAACACAUGGGGGCAGCCCACCUGUGGAAGGGUGACUGGCUGCUACCAGAACUCGGUGAGAUCCCUCCCUCAUAACAUUCCAGCCCUGAUUGCCAGGCUGCUCUGCAGACAGUGCAUGAAGCCACUGGGUUACCUGGCACCCACAACAACUGUCCUCCGGGAGACAGCAGACCAGAACAGUCUCCCUAGCCAGCUGGCUUUGCUACCUGUUGAAUUCUGCAAGAAAGGUCCGCAUUUUGAAUUCGAUGUGACUACAGCUCUUGCUAAUAUAGAAAAGUGCAGCUCUUUAAAGCUCUGAAGUGCAACUUUAGUAAGAGUGGUAGUAUUUCUCUUUCCACUUCAUUUGCUGUGUAAGAGAAUCUUGGAACCACAAGUUAUGGUAGAACCCCAGAUGACUCAGACAUGAGCUACAUGAAGCCAUUCACUUGGAAAACGUUUGCUUCCACUUAGCUACAGUGCUGCUUUUAGGAACGCACAACUCACAGCCCCAUGCAGCAUGUGUCCGUCUCUGUGCUUCUUAGUUGCCUUGUUCAGAAACCUGCCAUCUUACGUAUGUAUUUGUUGUAAAUGAGUCCGGCACCCAUUUAAAUUAAUCUUUUUUUUAAUGUUAUGAAAAUAAUCAGUUCAUUUCAUCUUAGUUUAAGUCUUUUCUUUUUUCCUUUUUUACUGCUGUCAUUUCUUGUGCUUGUUUUUUUCCCCAGUGAGGGUUGUCGAAGAGAAAAUACAAUGAAGAAUGUUGGAAGUCGCAAAUAUGCAUUUAAUUCCCUGCAGCUGAAGGCUUUCCCCAGGCAUUACAGGCCUCCCGAAGGGACUUACGGAAAAGUUGAAACGUGAACACACGGUUUCCUCUAAUUAGCUGUUACAUAAUAAAUGUGGGUACCCUCUAGUGUCAUAUAUGAAUUCCUCAAGAAGACCCGAAGGAUUGGUUUUUAUUUUUUGUGGUUUUUUUUUUUUUUAAAAAAAGAAACAUUUCACUAAAGAGUUUCUGGAGCAUGUUUUUUGUUUUUUGGGUUUUUUUUCCCCAUUGGAAUCAAUAGGAGGUAAUGUUUGGCUCAAUAGUGUGGACAGUAACAACUGCCCAUUUCAAUAGCCUUUGGCUGUAACUACACAGAUCUCAUCAAUAGUUACCUACAUGAAUCAAGCUAGGUUUGUCCGAAAUGCUAGAAGACUUUUUCAGACGCCUACUUGCUCACUUAUUUUUCUACAGAGUAACUCAAAAGUGACCAUUGAAUUACAAUCCACUUUGUAAAAAUCUGAAUGUAAAACAGUAAAUAAUAAAUUAAAUAAUUGGAUCGUAGGCAGACCAAUAAAUGUGAUUUGGGGAAAGAAGCUAGCACCAUCUCAUGCAGUGAGAAUAACGGGUUCUAGUGAAUUAUCCAACUACACCACCACCUGAAGAAGUUGAAAGAAAGAUUGAUAAAUCAACGGGAGAUAAGACUUGGUUAGAAGGUAACAUCUGCAAGGCACCCCACACAGUUGGGGCCACUCUUUUUUCUGUCCCUCAUGAGUUACAGAACAGGGAGUCUGCUGGAGACACAAAGCCAGCAGUAAGGUCCCUUUAGCCUGUCUCCUGUUCUCUGAAGCUCCCUGCCUAGGCUUCCCCACGCCCAGAGGACACAUCUCCCCUUCUUCUCUAGAUGUUAAUCUAGGGCUUCAGAUGUGGCAUGUCAACAUUCCCAUGGGGAAUUUAUGACCAUAGAGAUAGUAGAAACCUAAAUAUUUUCGGAAAAAUUUUUUUUGCAGGAUUUCCAAUUCAUCUUCGAAAAGACAGUACAAUCGUGUUUGAACGUCUGAUAAAAGUGUCUUAUUUUUAGGUUUGCAAUAAUUGUUACUUUCUUAUUCUCAUUCUUAUGUAAGAUGACAAUUGAGAAACAGUUGAAAUUAUUCUCCUCAAAUGAGAUUUUGAAAGGGAUUUAUGGGCCAUAAAACUUAGGAAUUUCAUAGAAAAUUAUGUCUGGUCAUCUUUUAUAAGAUGAUGAUGAGUCUUAUCUGCACAUAGCAGACUUUUUUUCUUAGGAGUUUAUAUGUUUUAUUGAUUCUGUUUAUGAUGUUUACAUGUUCUUGAAAAGGUUGUCAAAGAAAUAUAUAUGGCACGUAUUAAUGAUGCUGAUCCUAAUGAUUUGUGAACCUCCUAGAAAUUCUUAUGUCUACAAACCUAGAGAUUCUUCUGGUUCCUUUAGAAACAUGUAACAAACUUGGGCCAGGGGUGCUGAGGCACGGGGAGGACUGCUUAUUAGCAGGAACACAGAGGGGGAGGGCAUCAGGUAGGGGUGGAACUGGAUGACCUUCCAGACCUGCUCCUACUCAGAGGUCAGCACGCAAGCAGAGCCUGCUGUCUCCCGAUGCUUGCAGGGAGGAAAAUGUCUGUGGAGGACACUUUAAUGAAGGAUGAAGCUCUCUGCUGCCCCCUCAAAGCUGGGUUCACUGUGGCAGGCAGGAGGCCGAGAAACUCCUGCCUGCCAAACCCACUGCACAGGUGGCUGCUGCUGGUGUCAGAGUCUCCUUUUUAAGUGUCAGUUUCUGUUCACAGACAGUUCGUUUCAAUAUGGCUGAUUUACCCUUUCACCUCCCCACCAUCUCAUUUAAUUGGUAAAUUUUUAGUUCCAUCUUUUCUCAUUUUAACUUUAAAAAAAAUCUCCUUGCUUUUAAAAAAUACAAGUAUUACUCACAUAGUUUUCAGAUCUUUUUUGUCUGAAGAGCAUUAAAUAUCUGCACUUAUCAAAGGGAAUAUAGCAGAUGUUGAUCAUCUGUCAGCAGUUUUGCAUGUGGCACCUUUAUACGAAUUAUUUUCCCAAUUUUCGCUUUAUGUAAUGGGUCACCAUAAAACUGUAAGACUUGGCAAAUGCUGUAGAAAAGGUUCGGGUUUCAGGAUUCUCUCUGAAGGCAUCGUUCCUGGGCGUCCGGCACCUGCAAGGGUGUGUGUUGCACAGCCCUGGAGGCCAGCAGCUCCUCUCUUCUCUAGGAGUUUCGAGUUUUCAGAGGUGCAGGGAAGGCAGUUUUACAGGUUACCAUAAAAUAGAGGUUCAAUCUGUUCCAUCCAGUGUUCCUUACAAUGCCUCCCCAUUUAAAAAGAAAAGAGAUCUGUGGAAAACCGGGAAUGCCAUGUGGAUUCUGUCAGAGCUUCUACAGAGCACAGUUGCCUUUAGUUUCCUUUAAAGAUGUAAAAAUAUUGUAUAAUACAGUUUUGUCCCUACGCAAUUGUAUUUGCCAAGCUUAGUGCAUUAUGAUACCUUUAUUUAUUUGUUUUGGGCAGUAUUAAUAUAUAUAUAUAAACAUACAGUUACUGUUUUAUAUAUUCUUAGGUCAUUCAAAGCCAUGUAUGCUGUAAAUGUGCUAGUCUUUAGAAUGACACAUAAUAAAUAACUGACAAGAUAUUAAAUGUGGUCUUGCCUGAUUGAUCCUAUUGGGAGGACUAGUUCUAUGUGACCAGCCUGUGACGGGACCAUUGUUGUUGGGCAUUGCGUUGAGAGCUCGGGUGCUGAGUACAUAUGUUUGUAAACAUGGGACCGUGGGAGACUUCCAUUUUAUAAGCUUGUUUCUGCCUAAUCUGAAGCAGAGGGGCAACAGGGUCGAGGACUUUGGGAGCGGCCAGACCAGGUCCCAGUCCAGGUUCUGCCCCUCACUGGCUGGUGACUCUGAGCAAGCUGCUUGACCUCUCCAAGCCUCCGUGUCCUCGUGUGCAAAGCGUGGACAACAACGGUACCGUCCUCAUGAGGAACGUGCAGCGCGCCGCGGAAGCAGGUGCUCGUAAAUGGCAGCCAUUGUUGUUACCUUUCCGUCCGUGAACAUGGACGACAUCACCUCCGUGGGUAACCCAGUCCUUGUUGUGUGACUUGUCAAAAUGCAGUUCCACUUGUAUUGAUAGUGACCCUGUUCAUCGCCACCAGGACUGCAUCUUGCACCACUGUGCCAUCUUCUAGGCACACACGACCCGUUAUCUCCCUUGGAAAAAUUCCUCUCACUGGAAAUGUACAAUUAAAGAAUGAUUGAAAUGUUUAA